AGUGCAUCUAAAUCAACUAAAAUAAGUAUUAAAAUUUAUUGAAAAAAAAAUAGUUUUUAUGUCUUGACAGUAGUUCCAAAUUGUCAGAUGACAAUGUCAAAAGCUAAAUUUGAGGUUAUUGUCGACAAAAUGGGCUUGUUAAAGACGCAUAACACAAGCAUUAAAAUACAAGUGUAUAGUGUUGUUACCCUAGAUUCAUAAUGCAAUAAAAAAUCGAUGUCAAUUUGAAAAUCCGUUUUGAAUUUUUUCAAAUUGUCAAAUCAAAAAAAUUGCGCAUGCGUGAAUCGCCCCUAACCUAUCUUUUUUUGUGACAGGUUGAGUUUUUUGUGUGAAUUUGAAUCUUUUUUUAGAGGUGUUAGGAAGCAUGUCAGAGUGAAUCAUGUUUUUUGUAAAUUUUGACAACUCCCUAUAGCAAACAUCACAUGUUUGCAUAUAUCAUUUAGUUUGUUGUAAUUAUUAUGUUGUUGGUCAGGUGACAGUCAUUAUUACUUAUUUGUCUGCAUUAAAUUGCAUUCAAAUCGAUUGAUUCGAGUUGCAAUCAUGACUGUCACAUACACAGCCGAAGUGGCAACUUGUCGAGGAUUGGGUUGCUUUCUCAAAUUAUUAAGAAGAUGGAAAGGCAGUAUUUACAAGCUGGUCUGGCUGGACCUGAUCGUUUUCCUAUUGGUCUAUUACAGCUUCAAUUUCAUGUACCGCUUUCUGUUAGACGAUCAGGGCAAAGAGAUUUUCGAAAACGUGGUCCGCUAUUGCAAAGAAUACAGCAAUCUGAUCCCGUUGUCUUUUGUGUUGGGUUUCUAUGUAUCUGUAGUGAUGACACGUUGGUGGAACCAAUACACCGCCAUACCAUUCCCUGAUCCUUUGGCCGUUUUUGUCAGUGCUACCGUCCACGGACAGGAUGAGCGAGGGCGUGUGAUGAGACGCACGAUCAUGCGUUAUGUGUGCCUGUGUGUUACCAUGAUGUUCGCUAUGAUAUCACCACGAGUCAAAAAACGGUUCCCGACUUUGGACCAUUUUAUAGAAGCCGGACUGCUGCACCAGAGCGAGAAGGACAUCAUCGCCGACAUGAACAAAAAAUUCCCCAACUAUUCCAAACACUGGUUGCCGAUAAUGUGGGCGGCCAGUAUAGUGACAAGGGCGCGCAAAGAGGGCCGUAUUCGGGACGAUUUUGCCGUCAAAACGAUGCUCGACGAGUUGAACAAAUUUCGAGGACAGUGCGGACUUUUACUAAGUUACGACAUGAUAAGUGUGCCUCUAGUCUACACCCAAGUCGUCACUUUGGCCGUUUACAGUUAUUUCCUCACGACUUUAAUGGGCCAACAGUGGGUCGAGGGAAACGAGUACAAAUUCGACUUAUAUUUCCCCGUUUUUACAACUUUGCAAUUUUUUUUCUACGUCGGGUGGCUCAAAGUGGCCGAAUCGUUGAUCAACCCCUUCGGGGACGACGACGACGACUUCGAAAUCAACUGGAUGGUGGACCGAAACUUGCAAGUCUCGUAUUUAAUAGUCGAUGAAAUGCACCACGACCAUCCAGAACUGGUCCGUGAUCAGUACUGGGACGAAGUUUUCCCGCAACAACUCCCCUACACGGCGUCCUCGACUCGCGAAAGCCACCCGCUGCCCUCGACGGCCAAUAUCCAAGUGCACCCGAACGUCGAGUCCGAUUUAAUCGGUCCUUCUUCCCUGAAAAUCGACGAGCUUUCGGGCGAUAUGAUGAACAGUGGAGCGAUCACGUUCUCGGCAAAGCCGGGACGUGGUAAUUCGCAAACUUCGAUGGGUAUGGGCAAUUCUGUGCCUGACUCGAGGCCCAUUUCACGCGCUGGGUCGGUCACUAGCAUGUUGAAGCGGUUUUUGAGCAAGGAAGAUAAGCCCAAGCCGGAGGAAAGUCAGGAGUUGACGCAAGUCAAUGUUAAAAAUCCCACGACUUCGAAGAAGUUUGCCACGGAAGUUAUCGAAGAGGUGGACGAGCAGACGACGAUAACGUCGCAGAAAUCAGCCAAAGAAAGCCGACCUAGUGUUCUGGGGGUGUUCGGGCCGCCGCCGCACUCGGAACCCAUCAGUGUUCCCAACUCUCUCAACACUCGGACAAGGACCGUUUAUGAUCCUUUUCCGUUGUCCACGUCUGCCCCCGUGACGCAAGACGACUAUAAAGACACCACCGAUAAUGUCAGUAUUGGCAGUUCAUCGUCUGAGAAAGACGAAUUCAGUGAACUGAAGAAGAAACGAGAUGAAGAGAGACUGAACAGAUUAAAAGUUAAUCUGUUGAGGUCUAUCAGUACGACGCCGAACGAAGACGGCGAAGAGUGCGAAGUUUUGCUAGAUAAAGACAGUUCGAAAGAACCACAAAGUCCAAGUUCACCUGCUUCAAUAAUUUAAAUCAGUAUUAAUUACGGAUCUGCGCCUAAGUAACGUUAAGCAAAUAAAAUGUUAGAUAAGUUAACUAAACCAAACUUUUUGAUCGAUUAAAAUGUGAUUUUACAAACUGAUACGUAUUAUAUUUUGUUAAUUAAAGCAAGAGUUUUUCUCAAAUACUUACUUUUUAGAUGUUAAUAGUGAUAUUAAAUAACGCAAUGUACAAAUACACUCAAAAUAAAAGAAACCAAAAGUAUA